CAAUGCCAAUAAAAUGAAAGUAGACCAAUAACUUCCGGUGUACGACGUGUGCCCGUGUUGGCAGUGAUGUUUUUAGUGGGGUUGACAGGAGGCAUUGCCUCGGGUAAAACUUCGGUGGCUAAGAUAUUAAAGGAUGAACUGGGCUGUACUGUGAUUGAUGCUGACGAAGUAGCCAGGGAAGUUGUAUUGCCAGGAACACAAGGAUGGAAAAAAAUUCAAAAAAAUUUUGGGAAUGAUGUUUUCCAACCAAAUGGGGAACUGAAUCGAGAAAAACUAGGACAAAUCAUAUUCAAUGAUGCAGAAAAGAGGAAAAUUCUCAACUCCAUUACACAUCCUGAAAUUUACAAAGCUAUUGCAUGGAAAGUCAUGAAAAACUUUCUUCUUGGACAACACUUUAUUGUUCUUGAUCUGCCCCUGCUGUUUGAAUCCAAGAAGAUGGUUCCAUUUAUGAGUUAUACAGUGGUAGUGAACUGCUCAGAGGAACAGCAACUACAGAGACUAAUGAAGAGAAAUAAUUACUCACGGGAAGCCGCUGAAAUUAGGAUCAGAGCUCAAAUGCCUUUGUCCGAAAAGUGCAGGCUGUGUACUCAUAUCAUUGACAAUACUAAUGAUAUCGAAAGCACAUAUCACCAGACUGUAAAGUUUCAUAAACAGUUGUCUCAGAGUCUUCUGUACUGGAAAGUUCGUGUUCUGCUAGCCGUAUGUGCUGGAUCAGUGAUUGGACUGACAAUUUAUGUUGUGAAAUUGAUAUUUAGGUAGCAAUAAAUCUUUGAUAUUAAAUUCA